AUGGGGCCUAAUCUGCCUCGUCGGAUUUACCACGUCAACUCCGGCGACGUCGCCGUCAAGUCCAAGCAGGAGAAACCGGCGAAGGCGGUGGUGGUUGGGCCGGAGGUGGUGGCAGCGCCGACGGUUACUGGGCCCAAGAAGCAGCCACACCCGCACCCGCCGCCGCAGCCACAGCAGCAGCACCAGCACCAUCCUGUGGUGGCCGUGCAGCCGCCGCCUCCGCCGCCGGAGCCGCCCAUGGAUAUCAUGCCGCAACCGCCGGUCCCGAUGGCCAUGAAGCCGGUGACGAUGCACGCGGACCCGUACCCGGUUCCGCCCAUGUUCUCCGGCCCCGAGGACUUCUCGCUGAAGGAGACGCGGCCCCGCCUCGGCAGCGGCGUCAUCGCCGACAAGGCGAGCGCGACCUACGACUUGGUGGAGCAGGUAGAGUACCUCUACGUGCGCGUGGUGCGCGCGCGCAGCGUGCCCAUGGUGGCCAAGGUCGUUGCGGAGGUCAAGCUCGGCAACUACCUUGGCGUGACGCCGGCCGUGCCUUCGCACAACUGGGACCAGGUGUUCGCCUUCUCCAGGGAGACCAUCCAGUCGUCGUUCAUGGAGGUGUUCGUGUGCGCGCGCGGCAGCGACGACCACGUCGGCCGCGUCUGGUUCGACCUCUCCGAGGUGCUGCGCCGCGCGUCGCCCGACAGUACGCUCGCCCCGCAAUGGUACAGCAUGGAGGACCGCAAGGGACAGCACGGCGGCGCGGAGGUGAUGCUCGCCGUCUGGUUCGGCACCCAAGCUAACGAGUCCUUCGCGGAGGCCUGGCACUCCAAGGCUGCUGGCGUCCACGGCAACGGGGCGCUUGGCUCCAUCAGGUCCCAGGUGUACGUCGCACCCAAGCUCUGGUAUCUUCGUGUCUCCGUCAUUGAAGGGCAGGAUUUGCAAUCGGCCGAUUCCCGGAGCUCUUCGUGCGUUCGCAGGGGGGAGCCAGAUUAUGCGCACACGGCCAGCGCCGGUGGUGUCUACACGGGGACAUGGCGUGCUCGGCGGCGGCUCCGAAUCGCUGCGAAGCGGCUGUCGGCGCGGUCGCGGCAGGAUGAUUAUUUCCUUAAGUUUAUCUAUGAUUGGACAGGUUUCCUAGUUGCCUGCAAAUAG